AUGGAGCCUAUAGCGAUAGCGAUGAUAACAGAUUUCUUUCACCCAAAUGUUGGUGGGGUAGAGAAUCAUAUCUACAUGCUGAGUGCGAAUCUGAUAAAACGCGGCCACAAGGUUAUUGUUAUAACACACAGUCACUCACCUGACCGCGUUGGGAUUCGCUGGCUUCUUCCUUCGCUCAAAGUGUACUACCUUCCUUUUCAUAUCCACCUUAUCCAUGCCCAUGCCAGUCUAUCUUCGCUUGGCCACGAAGGAAUCCUGCAUUCCCAUCUAUUCGGUGUCAGAACGGUGUUCACUGACCACAGUCUAUUUGGAUUUGAGGACGCUGCGAGCAUCCUUACGAACAAGCUCCUAGCAGGGACGCUGAGGAAUGUCGAUGCUAUCAUUUGUGUGUCUCACACUGGGAGGGAGAACACUGUCCUUCGAGGAGAGCUCUUUGACGAGUCGGGCAGAGUCCGGGAGAACGUAUAUGUUAUCCCUAAUGCGCUGGUGCCAGGGAAUUUCCAGCCUGGCCCGCCGAAAUCUAGAGAUACUGUGACCAUCGUCGUCCUCUCCCGACUUGCAUACCGCAAAGGAAUCGACUUCCUCGUCGCCGCCGCACCCCGUAUCUGCAAUGCCUUCCCAAACGUCCGCUUCGUUGUCGGCGGCGACGGUCCCAAGCUCAUCGACCUCCUCAAAAUGCGUGAAAAACACAAUCUCCAAGACCGCAUUGAACUCCUAGGACCCAUCCGACCAAAUGAUGUCUGCUCUGUCCUGAUGCAGGGUGCUAUAUUCCUCAACACGUCCCUCACGGAAUCUUUUGGGAUCACCAUCCUUGAGGCAGCAUGUGCAGGACUGUACGUGGUGUCUACACGUGUUGGCGGGGUCCUGGAGAUUUUACCAGAGGAUAUGAUCAGCUUUGCAGAGCCUGAGGAAGAUGAUGUAUUCCGUGCGAUAUCAGAAGCUAUCGAGAUUAUCUCCGACGGACUACACGACCCCAUUCGCACCCACGAGCGGAUCAAGACGUUCUACGACUGGGUGCAGGUCGCGGAGCGCACCGAGGUUGUGUAUGAUACGGUUGUCAAGUCAAGACAGAUGGAGCUUUGGGAGAGAAUGAAGAGGACGAUGGGACUAGGUCCAUUUGCUGGACCGAUAUACUCGAUCAUCCUGGUUGUGGACUGCCUGUUUUUCAUGUUUCUGGAGUGGUGGAUCUCGAGGGACGAUAUGGAUUUCGUUGUAAGGCAUUGGGAUCAUGACCGAUUCGCUCAGGUUGGUGCCUUAAUUGCAAUGUAG